CCCGGGGGAGAGCGCGGAGAGGUGGCUCUUGGUGCAGUCACGCCUGGUGCUUCCGUCUCUCCCCCUGCUGCUCUGGCCGGUCACGCUGCUGCAGGUCGGCGCCGAUACUCUCGGUCCGGGCGCUUCCCCGCCGGGCCGGGGGAUUGGCUCUGCGACCGCUUUGUCCCAGAAUGCAGCGCAUGGCGCGUCAUUGAAGAGAGACCAUGAUGGCGGCGGCCGUGGCUGCGGGGGGGGGCUCCUGAGGUGAUCGCCCAGCUGGAGAACGCGGCCAAAGUGCUCAUGGCACCACCUUCCAUGGUCAAUAAUGAACAACGCCAGCAUGCCGAGCACAUAUUCUUAUCAUUUAGAAAAUCAAAAUCACCAUUUGCUGUUUGCAAGCAUAUUUUGGAAACUAGUAAAGUGGACUAUGUCCUUUUUCAAGCUGCCACAGCAAUAAUGGAAGCAGUUGUGCGAGAAUGGAUUCUCUUGGAAAAAAGUAGCAUCGAGUCACUGCGAACAUUCCUUUUAACCUAUGUCUUACAAAGGCCUAACCUUCAAAAGUAUGUUCGGGAGCAGAUUCUAUUAGCAGUAGCAGUAAUAGUGAAACGAGGAUCAUUAGACAAAUCGAUUGACUGCAAAAGCAUUUUCCAUGAAGUCAGCCAGUUGAUAAGCAGUGGUAACCCCACUGUGCAAACUUUGGCCUGUUCCAUUUUAACGGCUUUGUUGAGUGAGUUCUCAAGUUCAAGUAAAACCAGCAACAUUGGACUAAGCAUGGAGUUCCAUGGUAACUGCAAACGAAUAUUUCAGGAGGAUGACCUUCGGCAGAUCUUCAUGCUAACAGUAGAGGUACUACAGGAAUUCAGCAGGCGUGAAAACCUCAAUGCUCAGAUGUCUUCAGUGUUUCAGCGUUAUCUUGCACUAGCCAAUCAGGUCUUAAGCUGGAACUUUCUUCCUCCAAAUUUGGGCAGACAUUAUAUAGCUAUGUUUGAAUCCUCACAAAAUGUGAUGCUAAAGCCAACAGAGUUGUGGCGUGAAACCCUCCUGGACAUCAGAGUUAUGGAGCUUUUCUUUACAGUACAUCGAAAAAUCAGAGAGGAUACAGAUAUGGCACAAGACUCUCUACAGUGCCUAGCACAGCUAGCUUCUCUGCAUGGGCCAGUCUUUCCUGAUGAAGGUUCACAAGUUGAUUAUCUGGCACAUUUCAUUGAAGGAUUACUGAAUACUAUCAAUGGAGUUGAAAUAGAGGACUCUGAAGCAAUGGGAAUCUCCAGUGUUUUCAGCAACCUGAUAACUGUGUUUCCUCGCAAUGUUUUAACUGCCAUUCCAAAUGAACUUUUCUCUUCAUUUGUUAACUGCCUCACACACCUCACCUGUUCUUUUGGGAGAAGUGCUGCACUGGAAGAAGUGCUUGACAAAGAUGACAUGGUAUACAUGGAGGCAUAUGAUAAAUUGCUGGAAUCCUGGCUUACCUUGGUACAAGAUGACAAACAUUUCCACAAAGGCUUCUUUACCCAACAUGCUGUUCAGGUUUUUAAUUCUUAUAUUCAGUGCCACCUAGCUGCUCCUGAUGGUACAAGGAAUUUGACUGCCAAUGGUGUAGCCUCUCGGGAGGAAGAAGAAAUAAGCGAACUGCAGGAAGAUGAUCGAGACCAGUUCUCUGACCAGCUGGCCAGUGUAGGCAUGCUAGGAAGAAUUGCUGCAGAACACUGUAUACCUCUUCUUACAAGUUUAUUAGAAGACAGAGUGACAAGGCUCCAUGGUCAGUUACAAAGACAUCAGCAGCAAUUACUUGCCUCACCAGGAUCAGGGUCAAUUGACAAUAAAGUGCUUGAUGAUCUGUAUGAGGAUAUUCAUUGGCUUAUUUUAGUCACAGGCUACCUCUUAGCUAAUGAUACUCAGGGAGAGACUCCAUUAAUACCUCCAGAAGUAAUGGAAUAUUCCAUUAAGCAUUCAACUGAGGUUGACAUCAAUACAACACUUCAGAUCCUGGGAUCUCCAGGAGAAAAGGCCUCUUCCAUCCCAGGGUACAACAGAACUGAUUCUGUAAUUAGGUUAUUAUCUGCUAUUCUAAGAGUUUCAGAAGUAGAAUCUCGAGCAAUAAGGGCGGAUCUAACACACCUUCUGAGUCCACAAAUGGGAAAAGAUAUUGUAUGGUUUCUUAAGCGUUGGGCAAAGACCUAUCUCCUAGUGGAUGAAAAACUGUAUGAUCAGAUAAGUCUACCAUUUAAUACAGCAUUUGGUGCAGACACAGAGGGUUCCCAGUGGAUUGUGGGUUACCUCUUAGAAAAAGUAAUCAGUAACCUGGCAGUAUGGAGUUCUGAGCAGGAUCUUGCAAAUGACACUGUACAGUUGCUAGUAACAUUAGUGGAAAGGAGAGAGAGGGCAAAUUUAGUAAUUCAGUGUGAGAAUUGGUGGAAUUUAGCUAAGCAGUUUGCGAGGCGAAGCCCACCUCUUCACUUUUUGUCCAGUUCUGUGCAGAGAACACUAAUGAAAGCUCUAGUUUUAGGAGGUUUUGCUCAUAUGGACACAGAUACAAAACAGCAAUACUGGACAGAGGUUCUUCAGCCACUUCAGCAGCGAUUCUUGAAUGUGAUAAAUCAAGAAAACUUUCAACAGAUCUGUCAAGAGGAGGAGGUGAAACAAGAAAUCACUGCCACACUAGAAGCACUUUGUGGCAUUGCUGAGGCUACCCAGAUAGAUAAUGUAGCAAUACUCUUUAACUUUCUGAUGGACUUCCUUACCAAUUGCAUUGGAUUAAUGGAGGUGUACAAAAACACACCAGAGACUGUUAACCUCAUAAUAGAAGUUUUUGUUGAAGUUGCACAUAAACAAAUAUGCUAUCUCGGAGAGUCCAAAGCCAUGAAUUUGUAUGAGGCCUGCCUGACUCUACUUCAAGUAUAUUCCAAGAAUAACUUAGGUCGGCAGCGAAUAGAUGUUACAGCAGAAGAGGACCAAUACCAGGAUCUUCUUCUUAUUAUGGAGCUUCUUACUAACCUUCUGUCAAAAGAAUUUAUAGAUUUCAGUGAUACAGAUGAAGUAUUUAGAGGACAUGAGCCAGGACAAGCUGCAAAUAGAUCGGUGUCAGCAGCAGAUGUAGUCUUAUAUGGGGUUAAUCUAGUUCUGCCAUUAAUGUCACAGGAUCUGCUGAAAUUUCCAUCUCUGUGUAAUCAGUACUACAAAUUAAUCACCUUCAUCUGUGAGAUAUUUCCUGAGAAAAUUCCUCAGCUUCCAGAAGACCUUUUUAAGAGCCUAAUGUACUCAUUGGAGUUAGGGAUGUCAUCGAUGAGUUCUGAGGUUUGCCAGCUCUGUCUGGAAGCUUUAACACCAUUAGCAGAACAGUGUGCAAAAGCACAGGAAACAGACUCAUCACUAUUUCUAGCAACAAGGCACUUUCUUAAGAUGGUCUUUGAUAUGCUGGUACUACAAAAGCACAAUACAGAGAUGACAACUGCAGCAGGUGAAGCAUUCUACACAUUAGUGUGUUUGCAUCAGGCUGAAUAUUCAGAACUAGUUGAAACAUUACUAUCAAGUCAACAAGAUCCAGUCAUUUACCAGCGGUUAGCAGAUGCAUUCAACAAGCUUACUGCAAGCAGCACUCCUCCUUCACUGGACCGUAAGCAGAAGAUGGCCUUCCUAAAGAGUUUAGAAGAAUUUAUGGCAAAUGUUGGUGGACUCCUCUGUGUAAAAUAAACAACAACAAAACUCUAUGCCUAAUUUAGACCCUUUCUGCAAAAUGCACUGAGAAAUGCUGAAAGCUGACUAAACCUUGUACCUAUUUCUGGGUUCUUUGCAGCCAUCUCAGAUUUUAGAGAGCCUGGAAGUUUGAUAUAACACAGUUGAAUAGGAGAGGUCAACUUUGAAUCAGCUUCUGCUAUUGUGUUACUCACAAUCUGUCAUUACUUGUAUGUUGUAGAGAAUGAACAACAAAUUGAAAUUUAAAAGAAAAUUCCAUAUAUGUGCAAACAGAUAUGGGCACAGUGAAAAAUAGUGCCUUUUCCCCAUUAGCUUAAAACAUAAGUGGCUGGACAAACUUUUAAAGAUUUUUUUUCUUGAAAACCAUAUUAGAGUAUGAUGUAGACACAUACAAAACUGUAAACAGUGUAGCUGAUUGAAGCUUUAUGUUUUCUCUCUGAAGAUUGAGUUUAUGAUCCAAGGGAAAAACACCAAAUGGUAUUUUUUAACUUGUGUUUAGUUUUGUUUUUCUACAUCACCUGAUGUUGCAUGUUUUAUGUAAUACAGGUUUCUACAUUAUAUUCUGCUGCCUAAAGUUCAGAAGGAAAAAGGUGUAUAUUUUUGUUCCCCUAAAAUGAACUUUAGGAACUGUAGCCAUUUCAUUGCCUUAAUUUAAAACAAAACAAAAAAAAGUGAUAUACUUUAGACAAGAAAUCUAAGGCAACAUUUGAGUCUUCAGAGUUGGUUCAGGAUGUUGGCAUUAAGCUGCUGUGUACCUGUUGCAGUCCUUUGUUGACCUGUGUUAUGUUGGGGUGUGACUCUAAUGCAACAUUCAUGUGUAGUUUUACUUUCACUAUCUGUUUUAAUCCACAUCCAAGUCGCGCACAGCUGCAACGUAUUUCUACACUGAACUGUUUGCUUAAGCAAUAACAAUUCAAAGGGUGUAAAUUAUUGAUUUAUACAAACUGUUUUUAAGUUGGGGCAUUAGAUAAAAUAAUUAUGCUAGACUAGGGGUUUCAAACUCUAUUUUACCCAAGGGCCAUAUACAUUUGAUUCAAGGGUUGGAAAGAUAAUUAGGAUUUGUGGUGAUUUUUUUUCCACCACCACCUCCAGAUUUGUGGUGCUCUCCUCUGCUCUUACUCAGUUUUGUGUGUCAGCACUUGAGCAGUUAAGAUGUACAUACCUUUCAUCCUGCCAACUGAUAGACGGAUAUAGUGGAACAACAAGGGAGAGUAACACAAGAAUACGGAAGCAAGGCAUACUUUGCCAGUAGUCAUAAACCUGACAAAACUGAGGCAAACGCACAUUCUGCAUGCCAGAUAAAAUUGCUUUUUGUGAGGGGUGUGGGUGGGGAAGAAUUUGGCCCUUGGGCCUUGUGCUUGAUACCUCUGCUAAAUUGUGCUGUUGAAUGUUUUCCAUGUGGUUUUUACAUUUAUAUAAAACGUACAGUAUAUACACCUUUA